GAUUGGUCGGGAGCGCCGCGGGGGUGGGGGUGGAGCCGCAGCCGCCUGGAGCCGGGAGUGGGCAAAGCGGCGUGAGCAGCGGCCCCAGGCUCCCGGAGCAGCGCGCUCGGAGGCGGUUUGGGCGCUCGGGGCCGCAGCCUGGUGAGCUCAGCCCCCCUCAGGCCCUCCCCUGCACCCCGGCCGGGGCCUCGCCGACCGGUGCCGACCGAUGCCGCCGCAGCCCGGGGACCCUAUCGCCACUCCAUCGCGCCAUAUCGCGACAUCAUCGUGCCCUGUCGAGACUCCAUCUUGUCACGGCCCUUUUCAACAUCUACCUUUCUUUCUCUCUUUCUUUCUUUCUCUCUCUAUAUAUUAUUAUUUUUUAAUUUUUUUUAAAUCCGCCCUGUCAUCUCUGGGGGCUGUCCAUGUCGUGAUUUUGCCGUGAUCUCUGCGUGACAUCACCGCGCCAUCGUGAAGUGUGAUCUCAUCGCCGCCCUGUCGUGACCUCAUCAAUGUCGUGUUGUGACCUGGCUGCGGCGGGACAGUUGGGCAAGGCGGGCAUCAUGGCCUCGGAUUGCGAGCCAGCUCUGAACCAGGCAGAGAGCCGAAACCCCACCCUGGAGCGCUACCUGGGAGCCCUCCGUGAGGCCAAGAAUGACAGCGAGCAGUUUGCAGCCCUGCUGCUAGUGACCAAGGCAGUCAAAGCAGGGGAUAUCGAUGCCAAAACUCGGCGGCGGAUCUUUGAUGCCGUAGGCUUCACCUUCCCCAAUCGUCUCCUGACCACCAAGGAGGCCCCCGAUGGCUGCCCUGACCACGUUCUCCGAGCCCUGGGUGUGGCCCUCCUGGCCUGCUUCUGCAGUGACCCUGAACUGGCCGGCCACCCCCAGGUCCUGAACAAGAUCCCCAUCCUCAGCACCUUCCUCACUGCCCGGGGGGACCCGGAUGACGCUGCUCGCCGUUCCAUGAUCGACGAUACCUACCAGUGCCUGACAGCUGUGGCAGGCACCCCCCGGGGGCCCCGGCACCUCAUUGCUGGCGGCACCGUGUCCGCCCUGUGUCAAGCAUACCUGGGGCAUGGCUACGGCUUCGACCAGGCCCUGGCGCUCCUCGUGGGGCUGCUGGCUGCCGCCGAGACCCAGUGCUGGAAGGAGGCGGAGCCUGACCUCCUGGCCGUGUUGCGGGGCCUCAGUGAAGAUUUCCAGAAAGCCGAGGACGCCAGCAAGUUUGAGCUGUGCCAGCUGCUGCCCCUCUUUCUGCCCCCAACAACCGUGCCCUCCGAAUGCCUCCGGGAUCUGCAGGCCGGGCUGGCACGCAUCCUAGGCAGCAAGCUGAGCUCCUGGCAGCGCAAUCCCGCGCUGAAGCUGGCAGCCCGCCUGGCGCACGCCUGCGGCUCCGACUGGAUCCCAGCGGGCAGCUCCGGGAGCAAGUUCCUGGCCCUGCUGGUGAAUCUGGCGUGUGUGGAGGUACGGCUGGCCCUGGAGGAGACAGGCACCGAAGUGAAAGAGGAUGUGGUGACCGCCUGCUAUGCCCUCAUGGAGCUGGGGAUCCAGGAGUGCACCCGCUGCGAGCAGUCGCUGCUCAAGGAACCCCAGAAGGUGCAGCUCGUGAGCAUCAUGAAGGAGGCCAUCGGGGCUGUCAUCCACCACCUGCAGCAGGUGGGGCCAGAGAAGCAGAAGGAGCCCUUUGUGUUUGCUUCGGUGCGGAUCCUGGGGGCCUGGCUGGCCGAGGAGACCUCAUCCCUGCGCAAGGAGGUCUGCCAGCUGCUGCCCUUCCUUGUGCGCUAUGCCAAGACCCUCUACGAGGAGGCCGAGGAGGCGAAUGACCUCUCCCAGCAGGUGGCCACCCUGGCCAUCUCCCCCACCGCCCCAGGGCCCACCUGGCCAGGGGAUGCUCUCCGGCUCCUCCUGCCCGGCUGGUGCCACCUGACUGUCGAAGAUGGGCCCCGGGAGAUCCUGAUCAAGGAGGGAGCCCCCUCACUUCUCUGCAAGUAUUUCUUGCAGCAGUGGGAACUCACAUCCCCGGGCCACGAUACCUCAGUGCUGCCCGACAGCGUGGAGAUCGGCCUGCAGACCUGCUGCCACAUCUUCCUCAACCUUGUGGUCACCGCACCAGGGCUGAUCAAGCGAGAUGCCUGCUUCACGUCUCUCAUGAACACCUUGAUGACGUCGCUGCCCGCACUAGUGCAGCAGAGUGGCAGGCUCCUGCUGGCUGCCAACGUGGCCACCCUGGGCCUGCUCAUGGCCCGGCUCCUCAGCACCUCUCCAGCUCUUCAGGGCACGCCGGCCUCCCGAGGUUUCUUCGCGGCUGCCAUCCUCUUCCUGUCACAGUCCCACGUGGCGCGGGCCACCCCCGGCUCGGAGCAGGCCGUGCUGGCACUGUCCCCCGACUACGAGGGCGUGUGGGCCGACCUGCAGGAGCUGUGGUUCCUGGGCAUGCAGGCCUUCACAGGCUGCGUGCCGCUGCUGCCCUGGCUGGCGCCUGCCGCCCUACGCUCCCGCUGGCCCCAGGAGCUGCUCCAGCUGCUUGGCAGCGUCAGCCCCAACUCCGUCAAGCCCGAGAUGGUCGCCGCCUAUCAGGGCGUGCUGGUGGAGCUGGCCCGGGCCAACCGGCUGUGCCGAGAGGCCAUGAGGCUACAGGCGGGUGAGGAGACGGCCAGCCACUAUCGCAUGGCCGCCCUGGAGCAGUGCCUGUCGGAGCCCUGAGCGGGUGUCCGCUGGGGACGGACCCGGGGGUGGGCGGCGAGGGAAGGUGGGAGGAGGCAUCUGCCCUGAAGCCCCCAGACUGGACCCCCUCCCCAAGCUCCCCCCAACACCCCAGCUUUCUGGCUUUCUUUCCCGAGGGCGAGGGCGUGGGGCCCAGCCCUCAAGUGUAAGGAACUGCGUCCGCCCCCCGGGCCCCCACAGGGGCAGGGACUGGCUUGGAAAUCCAUGCAGCCGCCCCUGCCAGGCCGGGGCAGGUUGGAGCAGCCCCCCGGGAGGGGGCCCUGGGUGUCAUGGUCCCCACAGCAGGCCCCCCGCAGGAGGGAGGCCCCAGGGUGGGACGGGGCUGGCAGGAGCUGGCUGCCUCGGCCCAUGUGCCCUGCCGGCCAGGGUGUGGGCUCCCCCAGGCUGUGGUGUCCCCUCUGGCCUCCCAGGUCCACGUCCUUCAAAUUGGCCCCUUGGGUGGAGAGCAGGCUCAGACCACUGACAUGGCAGUUCUUCCCAUCAAAUUUGCUGACCCAGGGUCUGGGCUGCCCCAUCCUCCCAGGGAAUUCUGGGGCAGGCAGGCCUGGUGUGGGGGUGGGGACACCUCCUUCCACCUGAGCCUCCUUGAGGGGACCCAGGAUUCCUUAGGGCCUGGUGUCUAAGCUUCUGUGUCGUGUUGCAGCAGAGUGACGAUGGGGGCUGGGGAGUUAUUUAUUUUGCCUGUCCUUAUCCCUGCUUGGACACCUGAGCUUCUGAUCCUUGUCCCCCUCGUGCCAUCUGGCUUGGCUGGAGCCAGGAACAGGAGGGACCCAUCCCCAGAAUCCGCAUGUUUCCCUAGUGAUUGCACCCCAUCACCAUCAUGGUGCCUGGCUUCAGUUCCCACCCCUGCUUAGGCUUCCUCUCUGCAGAGAGACGCGACUGGCGGCUCCAGCAGGGACCACCUUCCUUAGGAACCCGGGGGACCCUUCCCCUCUGACCCCUUGCUUCCAUUCCCCUUCCCUCCCCCAGUGCGUUCUGUGAUCGCCACGUUCAAAGCUGUGCACAUGCGGACACAAUAAAUGUUCAUUGGUGACAA